AUGCCAUAUUACAAGUUGUUUUCCCUUGCUGAUUCUUUUGAUUAUCUAUUAAUGUUCUUUGGUACAGUUGAUGCUGUUGGAAAUGGGAUAUGCAUGCCCCUUAUGGCUUUACUUGGAGAAUUAAUCAAUACCACCGGAAAACCUGUGAGCACUACCGUAAUGGUACAUGGAGUUUAUGAGGUGUCACUGAAGUUUGUCUACUUGGCUUUGGGGUCGGCUGUUGCAUCCUUUAUCCAGGUGGCUAGAUGGACCAUCACAGGGGAGACACAGGCUACACGGAUAAGAAGUUUAUACUUGAAAACGAUAUUAAGGCAAGAAAUUGGCUUCUUUGAUAAGGAAACUAGCACUGGAGAAAUUGUGGGGAGGAUAUCAGGUGACACUAUUCUUAUUCAAGAUGCCAUGGGGGAGAAGGUUGGAAAGUUUAUACAGACGAUAGCUGCAUUCUUUGGAGGGCUUGUUAUAGCUUUUAAGAAGGGGUCGCUGCUUACCCUCAUAAUGUUGUCCUCAAUUCCACCGAUUGCUAUUUCUGGUGCUGUCAAGUUUAAGCUCAUAGGAAAGCUUGCUUCUCGCAAACAAACUGCCUAUUCACUUGCAGCAACUAUUGUAGAGCAGACAAUUGGCUCUAUCAGAACUGUGGCAUCAUAUACCGGGGAGCAACAAGCUAUUUCUAAGUACAACAAAUCUCUCAUUAGAGCAUACAAGUCUGGCGUACAAGAAGGCUUGGCUGCUGGGUUAGGUGUUGGAACAGUAUUGUUAAUCUUAAGUUGUGGCUAUGCAUUGGCAGUGUGGUUAGGUGGAAAAAUGGUAAUUGAAAUGGAAUACAAAGGAGGAGAUGUUAUCAUUGUGAUUUUUGGCGUGCUGCUUGGCUCUAUGUCUAUAGGGCUGGCAUCUCCAUGCUUGAGUGCAUUUGCUGCUGGAAAAGCUGCGGGAUUUAAAAUAUUUGAGGCAAUAAACAGGAAGCCUGAGAUUGAUGCUUAUGAUGCUAAUGGACUGAAAUUGGAUGAAAUUCGUGGUGAUAUUGAAUUAAGGGAUGUUAAUUUCAGUUAUCCAGCUAGACCAGAUGAACUAAUAUUAGAUAGAUUCUCUCUUUCAAUGCAUAGUGGUACAACUGCUGCUCUGGUUGGGCAGAGUGGAAGUAGGAAAUCAACAGUGAUCAGUUUGAUAGAGAGAUUUUACGACCCUCAGGCUGGUGAAGUUAUUAUAGAUGGUGUCAAUCUCAGAGAGUUUCAGCUUAAAUGGAUAAGAGAGAAAAUAGGUCUUGUCAGCCGGGAACCCGUGUUGUUUACAUCAAGCAUUGGAGAUAACAUUGCUUACCGGAAGAUUGGUGCAUCUAAUGAAGAGAUAGAAGCUGCUGCGGAGCUUGCCAAUGCUGCUAACUUCAUAAAUAAGCUACCUCAGGGAAUAGACACAAUGGUUGGAGAACAUGGAAUUCAGCUAUCUGGAGGCCAAAAGCAGAGAGUUGCUAUAGCUAGAGCAAUUCUUAAAGAUCCAAGAAUCCAGCUUCUCGAUGAAGCCACAAGUUCUCUCGAUGCUGAAUCAGAAAGACUGCUGCAAGAGGCACGUGACAGAGUUAUGGUCAACCGAACAACAGUCAUUGUAUCCCAUCGCUUAACUACAAUAAGGAAUGCAGAUAUGAUAGCUGUUAUUCAGCAAGGAAAGAUUGUUGAAAAAGGUUCACAUUCUGUGUUACUCCAGGACCCUGAUGGAGCAUAUAGCCAGCUCAUAAGGUUGCAAGAAAGUGGGAAAAAGCAAGAACAAAAGGAUUUAAAUCAUUCAGACAGUGCUCGUCGCUCCUUCUCUGUUGAGUUUGCUGCAUCCCCCAUGAUUAGCAUUUCUGAAAAAUCAUUUGAUAAACGAAUUGGUAGUCCUGCUUCAGAAAAAUUACAACUGCCUCAAGCAGUGCCACUUAGUCGGUUGGCCCGUCUAAAUAGCCCUGAGAUACCUAUCUUACUUCUAGGUUGUAUAUCUGCUGUAGCCCAUGGUGUAAUAACACCAAUUUUUGGGACAGUGUUUACUGCUAUGAUUAGAAUUUUCUACGAGCCAAAAGAAGAACUUACGAGAGAUUCCAAAUAUUGGGCAUUAGUGUUUGUGGUUCUUGGUGUUGCAUCAUUUUUUACUUCCCCAAUGAGCACAUACUUUUUUGCUGUGGCAGGGUGUAAAUUAAUAAUGCGAAUACGGUCGAUGUGUUUUGAAAAGGUUUUAUACAUGGAGAUAGGUUGGUAUGAUGAAGCUGAGCAUUCGAGUGGUGCAAUUGGUUCAAGGCUUUCUUCAGAUGCAGCUUCAGUGCGAAGUUUGGUCGGAGACACACUCUCUUUGAUUGUUCAGAGUACAGCAACAGCAGUUGCAGGCUUGGUAAUUGCCUUCAAAGCAAGCUGGCGAUUGUCUCUUUUAAUCCUUGCCAUGUUUCCUCUGUUGGGUGUCAGCAGUUAUAUUCAACUGAGGUCCGUGCAAGUAUUCGGUGGAAAAUCUAAGAAAAGGCACGAGGAAGCAAGCCAAGUUGUGAGUGAUGCAGUUAGCUGUAUCAGAACUGUAGCGUCUUUCUCUGCUGAAGAGAAGGUGAUACAAGUGUAUAACAAGAAAUGUGAAGGCCCAAUUAAGGCAGCAACAAAGCAAGGACUGAUUAGUGGGUUAGGUUUUGGGACAUCCUUCUUCUGUUUCUUUUUAUUGUAUGCAGUCUCUUUUUAUUUUGGAGGCUACUUACUUGAUCAUGGCAAGGUAACAUACUCUUGAGUUUUUCAGGUGUUUUGUGCUCUCAGUAUGACAGCGGUUGGAAUUUCUCAAGCAAGCUUUCUGGCUCCUGAUGUUGGUAAAGCCAAGAGUUCGGCUGCUUCUAUAUUUAAGCUACUUGACAAGAUAUCCAAAAUAGACUCCAGUGAUAACUCUGGAAAGACGUUGGAGAAUGUGAGAGGUGAAGUUGAGUUUCAACAUGUCAGUUUCAAGUAUCCAACAAGACCUGAUAUUGAAAUUUUUCGAGAUCUUUGCUUGACCAUUCAUUCUGGCGAGAUGGUUGCUCUAGUGGGAGAAAGUGGGAGUGGAAAAUCAACAGCGAUCUCAUUAUUGCAGAGAUUUUAUAAUCCCAAUUCAGGUAAAAUUACACUAGAUGGAAUAGAAAUUCAGAAACUACAACUGAAGUGGUUAAGGGAACAGAUGGGCCUAGUGAGCCAAGAGCCUGUGUUAUUCAAUGAUACCAUCCGAGCUAAUAUUGCAUAUGGAAAGGAAGGAGAUGCAACAGAAACAGAAAUUUUAGCUGCAGCGGAGUUAGCAAAUGCCCACAGCUUCAUCAGUGGUUUACAACAGAGUUAUGAUACAUCAGUAGGAGAAAGAGGAAUCCAAUUAUCUGGAGGACAAAAGCAAAGAGUGGCUAUCGCACGUGCUAUUGUGAAGGCUCCAAAAAUUUUACUACUAGAUGAAGCCACCAUUGCUCUUGACCUUGAGUCUGAAAGAGUGGUUCAAGAUGCAUUAGACCGAGUUAUGAUGGGUCGCACUACAAUUGUGAUAGCUCAUCGAUUAUCCACGAUUAAGAAUGCAGACUUGAUUGCAGUGAUGAAGAUGGAAUCAUAGUAGAAAAAGGAAAACAUGAAAGUUUAAUCAGUAUCAAGAAUGCUGUGAUCCAAGUACUCCAUUGUUGUGAAAGACAGUGUACAGCAUAGGAAGUUAAGUGUUGUGCAGUUGGAAAAAUGGC